ACAAAUGAUUGUGCGGCUGUCACUAAACAUACAGGAGAUGCAGAGAUGGGCGUGACAUGUCGGGGAGACAGGACAAGAGAAAGGAGGGAUAAAGUGGAGGUGCCAGUGCAACUAAAUCUUGAAUGGUGGAGAGUAUGUGAGGUAGAGAGCAGAGCAGAGCCUGGAGCAUGAGGAUGGAGGAUGGCAAGGUUAGGCCUCAAAGGUGCAAAGCUGGACAGAACUCUCUUUGGGCAAAACAGAAACAUUUACCAUCAAGGAUGUACAGUAGGUAGGAGAUUCUUGCUGAGAGUUUGGGGCGCCCAUUGGUUUUUGGUUGCUAGUAAAAUGUGUGUCUUUAGAUACAGGCAACAUUCCUGUAGAGAUAAAAACCCCGGGCCCCCUCACCCCACCCUCCCCCUGUCUCUCCACCCACCAAGCCGGAUCCAGCUUACUGAAGUGUGUGCGCCUGUGUGGGUGUGUAUGCCCGUGUUUACGUCGGACGGGGCUCGGCGUGCCUUGCGUGGUGGCGCUUGCAAGGCGCAAUUGGAAAGACAUCUUUCAAUUUGGGAGAAACAGAACGUAAAAAAAAAAAAAAGGCAGUGGAGCGCCAACAGGCAUGCCAAUCAAGAGCAUCACUUUCGGAGCAGAUGCUGGCAACAGUUUUCUCCGUGCGGCCCGUUCUGGCAACCUGGACAAGGCUCUGGAACACAUCAAAAAUGGCAUUGAUAUCAAUACCGCCAAUCAGAAUGGGCUCAAUGGGCUUCAUCUGGCCUCAAAAGAAGGCCAUGUCAAAAUGGUGCUGGAGUUACUUCACAAUGGAAUUGCACUGGAGACGACAACAAAGAAAGGAAACACGGCCCUGCACAUUGCUGCCCUGGCGGGACAGGAGCAGGUGGUCACAGAGCUGGUUAACUACGGUGCCAAUGUCAAUGCUCAGUCGCAGAAGGGUUUCACUCCACUCUACAUGGCUGCACAAGAAAACCAUCUAGAGGUUGUGAAGUUUCUUCUGGAGAACGGGGCUAAUCAGAGCGUUCCAACUGAGGAUGGAUUCACUCCUCUGGCUGUGGCUCUACAACAGGGCCAUGAAAAUAUUGUAGCGCUGCUCAUCAACUACGGCACCAAGGGGAAGGUCCGCCUCCCUGCGCUGCACAUUGCAGCACGCAAUGACGAUACACGCACGGCUGCAGUGCUUCUGCAGAAUGACCCAAACCCUGAUGUGCUCAGCAAGACUGGAUUCACACCCCUCCACAUUGCUGCACAUUAUGAAAACUUGAACGUUGCCCAACUUCUUCUCAACAGAGGAGCCAAUGUUAAUUUCACCCCAAAGAACGGCAUUACACCUCUGCACAUCGCAUCCAGACGGGGGAAUGUGAUCAUGGUCCGACUCCUCCUGGAUAGAGGGGCACAAAUAGAUGCCAAGACCAAGGAUGAGCUCACUCCUCUGCACUGUGCAGCUAGAAAUGGUCACGUCAGAAUAAUAGAAAUUCUGCUUGACAAUGGGGCCCCCAUCCAGGCCAAGACCAAGAAUGGCCUUUCUCCAAUCCACAUGUCAGCACAAGGGGACCAUGCAGACUGCGUCAAGCAGCUUCUGCAGUACAACGCAGACAUUGAUGACAUCACGUUGGACCACCUAACACCUCUACAUGUGGCCGCACACUGUGGACACCACCGAAUGGCAAAAGUUCUGCUUGACAAGGGGGCCAAACCCAACUCUCGGGCACUGAACGGCUUUACUCCUUUGCAUAUUGCUUGUAAAAAGAACCACAUGCGCGUGAUGGAUCUUCUGCUCAAACACGCAGCAUCAUUAGAGGCUGUGACUGAGUCUGGCUUGACGCCCUUGCAUGUGGCAUCUUUCAUGGGCCACCUCAACAUUGCCAAGAUCCUUCUGCAGAAAGGAGCUUCGCCCAGUGCUUCUAAUGUGAAAGUCGAAACCCCCCUCCAUAUGGCUUCUCGGGCAGGACACGUUGAGGUGGCAGAGUUUUUACUACAGAAUGCAGCACCAGUGGAUGCCAAAGCCAAGGAUGACCAAACACCCCUGCAUUGUGCGUCUCGAAUGGGCCACAAGGAGAUUGUGAAACUGCUUUUAGAGCACAAAGCCAAACCAAACUCCACAACCACAGCAGGACACACGCCUCUUCACAUCGCAGCCCGGGAGGGUCACGUGCAAACUGUGCGUAUCCUGCUGGACAUGGAAGCACAGCAAACGAAGAUGACUAAGAAAGGGUUUACUCCGCUUCAUGUGGCUUCCAAGUACGGCAAGGUAGAUGUGGCUGAGCUGUUGCUGGAAAGGGGAGCGAACCCUAAUGCCGCCGGGAAGAAUGGUCUGACUCCACUGCACGUCGCUGUGCAUCACAACAACCUGGAUGUUGUCAACCUGCUUGUCAGCAAGGGGGGUUCACCACACAGUGCAGCCAGGAACGGCUACACCGCCUUGCAUAUCGCAGCCAAGCAGAAUCAAAUGGAGGUGGCUAACAGCCUGUUGCAGUAUGGAGCUUCAGCCAAUGCUGAGUCUCUACAGGGAGUCACACCUCUCCACCUGGCCUCGCAGGAAGGAAGGCCCGACAUGGUCUCUCUGCUCAUCUCCAAACAGGCUAAUGUCAACCUUGGCAACAAGAGUGGACUGACACCACUCCAUCUUGUGGCACAGGAGGGACAUGUUGGCAUUGCUGACAUUUUAGUGAAGCAAGGAGCCUCGGUUCAAGCGGCGACGCGGAUGGGUUACACACCUCUCCAUGUCGCAUGUCACUAUGGCAACAUCAAAAUGGUGAAGUUCCUGCUGCAGCAUCAGGCCAAUGUCAACAGCAAAACACGGCUUGGCUACACUCCCCUGCACCAGGCCGCCCAGCAAGGACACACAGACAUUGUCACGCUGCUGCUGAAGCAUGGAGCUCAGCCUAACGAGACAACAACGAAUGGGACGUCAGCACUCGCGAUUGCCAAGAGGCUGGGCUACAUCUCUGUGAUUGACGUGUUAAAGCUUGUGACUGAGGAGACCGUUUCCAUGACAAUCACGGAAAAACACCGCAUGAGUUUCCCAGAAACGGUGGACGAGAUACUGGAUGUGUCCGAGGAUGAAGGCCUUGCGCAGCUUACAUUAGGAGAGGAGCUCCUGGGGACAGAAGGGGCCAGGUACAUGAAGAUGGAUGACAUGAAAGACCAUGAUGACGAUUUCCUCUCCCCCAAGAAAUCACUGGAGUACGAGAGAGGGCUGGGCACAGCAAAUUACUCACCAGCCAUUCCCAGGAUUCCCCGCGUUUCACCCGAGACUGUGAUCCUGAAAGAACACGAGCUCGAUCAGCACACUCCACUUCCACUGCCAAAAGAGUAUGAUGAAGACUCUCUGAUUCCCAGCAGCCCAGCAACUGAAACAUCCGACAAUGUCAGCCCAGUCGCCAGUCCCAUACACACAGGGUUUCUGGUCAGUUUUAUGGUGGAUGCCCGAGGCGGCUCAAUGCGAGGCAGUAGGCACAAUGGUCUGCGGGUCAUUAUUCCCCCAAAGACCUGUGCGGCUCCCACCCGCAUCACCUGUCGCCUGGUGAAGCCGCAGAAGCUCACAAGUCCACCUCCGCUUGUGGAGGGAGAGGGCCUGGCCAGCAGAAUCAUCUCCCUCGGCCCAGCCGGCAUGCAGUUUCUGGGGCCGGUGAUUGUGGAGAUCCCUCACUUUGCGGCUCUGGGUCGUGGCGACCGCGAGCUUGUGGUGCUGAGGAGUGAGAAUGGAUCUGUAUGGAAGGAACACCGCAAUCGCUAUGGUGACGAGGUUCUUGAAACCAUUCUCAAUGGGAUGGACGAAGACUUGGAAAGUCAGGAGGAACUUGGGAAGAAGCGAAUUCGCCGCAUCAUCUCAACUGAUUUCCCGCUUUAUUUUGCCGUUGUGUCGCGGGUCCAGCAAGAGAGCGACCUGAUUGGGCCUGAGGGGGGUUCCUUGACGAGCAAACUGGUGCCGCUGGUCCAGGCCACAUUUCCCGAGACGGCGGUCACCAAGCGAGUCCGUCUGGGACUGCAGGCUCAGCCCGUUCCAGAUGAGUUGGUUGCUAAGCUGCUUGGUAACCAAGCCAACUUUAGCCCCGUGGUGACGGUGGAGCCUCGGCGGCGAAAAUUCCACCGACCCAUCGGCCUCCGCAUCCCCCUGCCUCCGUCCUGGCGGGAGAGCCCCCGAGACUCCGGGGAGGGGGAUACCACCAGUCUGCGCCUGCUUUGCUCUGUCAUAGGUGGGACAGCUGCAGCCCAAUGGGAGGACAUCACUGGCACCACUAAGCUUAUCUACGCAAACGAAUGUGCCAGUUUUACAACCAAUGUAUCUGCACGGUUCUGGCUGGCGGACUGUCCUCGUACAGCAGAGUCUGUCUCCUUUGCCAACCUUCUCUACAAAGAGCUGUCAGCCGUACCUUACAUGGCAAAGUUUGUGGUUUUCGCCAAGAUGAACGAGUUACGCGAAGGUCGCCUGCGCUGUUACUGCAUGACAGACGAUAAGAUGGAUAAAACCCUGGAACAGCAUGAGAACUUCACCGAGGUGGCCCGCAGCAGGGACAUUGAGGUGAUGGAGGGAAUGCCGCUUCACCUGGAGUGUUCCGGCAAUCUCGUACCAGUGCGGAAGGCCACCCAGCAGCCUCGCUGCUUCAGCUUCCAGGCCUUCAGAGAUAACAGACUUCCUGUCUCUGUUAAGGUGAGAGACAGCAGCAAAGAGCACACUGGUUUCCUGUCUUUCCUUCGCAAGACCACCAAGUAUGAAGACAGUCAACAUGUGUUGUGUAACCUCAACAUUACCAUGCCUCCAUGUGUCAAGAUUAUUGGAAGUGAAGACCGGAGACGAACUUUGACCCCGCUGGCUCUAAGAGAAAGAUACAGUGCACUGAACGAACCCGCCAUGGCAUCAAUGAGCGCCAUGGAGAGGACUGAACUAAAGAUGGCCGUGAUCGCGGAACAGUUAGGACUGAGCUGGGCCGAGUUGGCUCGUGAGCUUCAGCUGAGUGUGGAUGACAUCAAUAAGAUCCGCGUGGAGAACCCCAACUCCCUGCUGGAGCAGAGUUCCGCGCUACUCAACUUGUGGGCAACUCGUGAGGGCAAGAGAGCCAAAAUGGAGACCUUGUAUGCAGCCCUGAAGAGUAUCGACCGCAUGGACAUCGUCACCAUGCUUGAGGGCCAACCAGCACAGCCUCCCCGACAAGGCUCUCGUGAACUCGGCAGACGACAUCAUGAGAGGGAGCACCUCUCUCCUGCCAUGACCAAUGGUUAUGGGCUGGCGCAGGAUGAGCUUCUGUCACCGGCCUCCAUGCAGUACAACCUGCCCUCGCCUCUGGGUGCUGAGCCCUACUGGCAGGAGGUCUCCAGCCUGAACUGCGCGCCCAUCGCCACCACAGAGGAGGACACCCUCAUGGAGAUGUCAGACGUGCAGGUGUGGCCCUCCGGCAACUCCCCCUCCCUAGUGCCUGUGGAGGAUUCCUCGUUAGAGUGCAGUAAUGCCGACGACUCAGAGGGCCUGCUCGGGUUGCCCUAUGGAAGUCUGGGUCGGCCUGCCAGUCGGGCUAGCGCCGCCAGCGGAGGGGGCGUCGUGCUGAGCGGCUCGAUCGAACUGCCCGAGGACGAUUCGGAGACGGGUGUUGACUCGCUUAGCACCGCCACGCCGGCCUCGCUUGGCGGUACCAUCGCUGGUAUCAAUCUUAACGGACUGAACAAUGGGCAGGGGUCAGAGGCGAGUUCGGAGAUGUCGGCCGUCACCAGUACAACUGGUGGCAAUGGAGGAGGACGAGGAGGAGGAGGGACUCAGAGUUCAGAGGAAGGGCUUUCUCUUGUUGCAGGACAGCAAAGGUUGUAUGCCCGACUCAGUGAGUCACCCGGUCUCACCUGUGUUGCGGAUCGUAAUGGUGACAGGUCAUCUAAUGGAGGAAAUGGAAGUGGAAGCAGCUCAUUCAUUUCCUACCUCCAGGAACAGACAGGCCCAGGGUGGAUCCCAGUCGCAGACCCGCAGACCUGGGUGGCCAACCAGCCAAAAUCUCGGCAAGUCAUUGACACCAUGAUAUCGUCUUGCUGCAACGCCAUGGACGGAGACCAGUCCCAUUUGUCCCAGGAGGCUUUGCUGCAGCCUGUGAGGGACAUGGGACACUCGGAGAUUUUACGCGGGCACUUCCGGGGUACCCAGUCGUUUGAGAAGGGUUUGGGCUUCCCCCACAGGGCCCCAGAGCUGAGGGCCUGGGAUGACGUGCGCUUCAAAGGACAGGGGGAUGAAAUGGAAGAUCUUCCCGGGGAACAGGUCAGCGAGGAACAGUUUAUGGACGAGCAUGGAAACAUGAUCACUAAAAAGAUUGUGCGAAAGGUCGUGCGCAGAGGAAAGGGCGAGGAUGCCGUUCAGGACGUGAGCGUGGACGGCUCUCUGCAGGACGCCAACGAGCUGGAGGUGGACGCCGAGCAGUUCAUGAGUUACGCCAUCCUGGGCCGGGAAAGCAGCAAGCCCGAUACUGUGGAUACUGUGAAGAAAGGUGCUCAGAUAGUGAAAUGUGCCAGCCUGCGGAGAGUUAAGCAGUGAGGCAGUCUGAGCGCUGCUUUCCCGCAGAGUUCUCUGCAGGAGUUGAGCCCAUCCCCAAAAACCUCCUACAUGGACACAUGACCAGCAGCAGAUGACACAAACUGAAGAACACCCACAAACAAGCAAACAAACAAAAAAAAAAAAAAAUGGCAAAGGAAACGAAUGGCAACAAGUCACUGCUUUCGCACAUACUGGAAGGGUAAUCGUAGUUUUUAACAACAAUUUUUUAUUAUUAAAAAAAACAACAACAUGAGGACAAACUACUCAAGUAGAAGCAUGAUUUCCUAUAAAACAAAACGGACACAAAAGUAGCACCCCAAACAUGCUUCCUGUUGUCUGUCAGCAUGAGCGACUGCUGCCGCAUGGCCUGUGUUUAAAUACAAAUACCGAUGGUGGAUGGGGAAGGGGGGAGGGGGGGGCGACUGGGUCGAUUCGGCUAUGUGGAUACAGGCAUGCAAUAUGGGGUAUUGUACGUGUAAUCCAAUCGGGAAACAUUGAUCUAACUUUUCACAAAAUGGGAGCAAUAACAGCUACAGACGUCGAGGUGACCUAUGACCUCUCCUCCAACAAAAAGCAGAAAUUGGAAGCUUAGCAGUGCUACAACCAUCAACUAAGGAUGUGUGUCUUGUACAUAUUACGGUAUGCACUUAACUGCGGUGUUGCAUUGUUGUUUAACAUCUUCCUGAUGCUGCUACGGUAUUCCUCCCUUUUCUUCCCCCUCUCAAUCUGAACCUAUACUCUCUUAUGAUAUUAUAUCGACUGUAUCUUGUGUGUGGACAGCAACAUACAAAUGUGAUCUGCCGUUUUUCCAUGCUCUCCAUGUGUUUUUUUUUCCCCUCUGGCUUGACACACAGAGGGUCCAUUUACUGUUACAGUGUGUAGUGUGCUUGGGGGUGAAGGAGGCCGUGUGCGAACCUUCGCGCCAUUAAAACACUGUAAAUGGCAGUUAACCUGGAGGAGUUACGUCACAAUUUUCUUACACUCGUGAGGUUUGUGUUCAUCCGUAGAAGGCAAAAUGCAACUUAUGCAUUCUUCUAAACCAUGUAGCGUUACAGUACUGCCCACCUCCAGAAUCCAUGAUGGUCUCCAAAGUCACCCCCCCACCCCCCCUCCAUCCAUGAGGGAAAAAGGAUGUCACGUAUUUUGCUGAGGGUCGUCUACGUGUUGAGCUCUCAUGUUUGUCUCCUUGGCUUUGCGUGGACAUAUUGCAGAGCCGGCCAGCAAUCACUGUGAAGAGAGACUGAGCCACAACUGUGAGCCCACCCUCGCUCAAGCGUGUUUAGUUUUCAUUGUGUCUCAUGCUGAGGAAGCAAUAAGCGCACUAAUAAAAGAACACGGAGAGAGGAUUCCGGGGGUCGCAGUCGGGUUUUCAGUCUGUGGGUCGCAGCUUUACUCCAUUCAGAAAUGAUGUCAGCACAUUAGAAUUGCACAUUUUGAUCACUUUGCCUCUUUGAGAAACUAUUAUUUUAAAUCGUUUAAAGAGGUCAUUUAUUUGAGAUCACGGUCCUGAUUACGGAAAAUGUCCUCAUGCUGAUCGUUUGUCAGCAAAGUGCUUUGCACCAACUGUUUUGUUGGUCACCGUCAAAGCUAAUUCCCAAGUUGAAUGAUCGAUUUACCUCGGUAAAUGUACCAUUUCACAUCAUUUAAUUACAGUAAGCCUUUUCUUCUUUGGGUUGUGUUGACUACCUGUUCUUAGUCUCACAAAAAGUUGCAAUAAACAUGGAUCUAUGAUGUGUUUGUUUUUUUAGCAGCCACAGAUGAAUGUAAAGUCUUGGUAAUACUGUAAAUGUUAUGUGUUGAUGCAGUGACUAUGCUAAUAGUAGAUGAGACGUAUACUGUACGCUCUGUAUUUGCUGUCGAUCAUCAUCCUCAUUGCAAACAAAUGUUACACUAAUUUCAAUGAAGCCACCAACUUUUUUUUUGUUUUGUUUUUUGUUUUUACAUCCAACCAUCAUUCACAGUAUUUUUUCUAUUCGAUGCAUUUCACUACACCAAUGAGGUCAAGAGAACGCGUGUAAUGCUGUACUUUCCCUUAUGUUUUGCUCAGAAGGGCUUUGUUUUUGAAGCAGGGGCUGUUACUGAUGUCAGGGUUGGGGUUGGGGAUCUAUUAAAGACAUUAGAUGGGUGCAAAUAAAAAAAUCUCGAUGGCUCCAA